UAUGAUUCAUCUGCAAUUCAAGAAUCAUAUAUUUGUCAAGAGCAAACGUGCCAAGGUUCCUUAGCAAAGGUGAUUGUUGUUUAAGAUGGGGCAUAAUCGUGAGUCACAAGAUAAAUUGAAGUACCUGAUCGUUUUGAGUAAAUUCGUCGUCCAGUUCGUUGAGGUAGCCACAAUGAAGUCGUUCGGAGUGCUGAUCCCGACGAUGUUAGAUGUGUUCUCAACUGAUGCCUCGUCACUCAUGUCACUGGGCAUGGCUUGUAGCAUGCCGGUUUCCAUGAUGGCGUUUGGAGCUCUACCUAUGGCGUAUGUACUCAAGAGUGCUUUUGUCUCACCUCGAGCGAUGGCUGUUACGGGAGCUAUUACAUCGUCUUUAGGAAUCAUCAUUUCUGGUUACCUGACUUCUGUAUUUGCUCUGGGAUUCUGCCUUUCACUAACAGGAAUAGGACUCUCAAUGGUAUAUAUACCAGUUAAUGUCUUACUCAACGACCACUUCCCGGAGAAUUUCGUUCUUGUGAAUACGAUCGCCCUUCUCGGAAGCACGGUAGGUUCUCUGGUCGUACCGUUCUUCGUCGAGAGGGCGCUACGCGCAUAUGGAUUCAGUGGUGCAAUGCUUAUUCUUGGAGGUAUCAGCAUGUAUGCCAUUCCUACCAGUGUUUAUCUCAAGCAGAUUGAAAGAGCAGUUGGGAAGGGUUCAGAGACAUCCAAAAGCACUGCGAAGAAGAGCAGUGAUUAUCUCAGAGGGUCCGCAAGAACAGUCGAGAGAUGUCAGACAUUAACAAAGAGUGCGGAGAGAACCACUGUUUCUCCUAGACAGCCCACAAGAGCCGAGGAACAGGGCCGACAGACAACCGUGAAGAUGGCAAAGACAAUUGACGGUUGCCAAACGCCUUUAAUCGACGGUGAUGACUGCGAUCAUGAGGUGAUUGAAAUCGACGAUGAACAACCAUGCAACAUUCCAACACAAACAGACAAACCGCAAAAUCAAGGAAAGCAGAGUUUGUUGGUUCGAUUGUGGCAUUCGCUUCAAGAAUGCAUCAUCCUACAAGAACCGCUCUUAUUACUGUCAUUACCGUGCCUUCUACUCUCAGCAGUUAUUGUAAAUUCGUGGUUUCUAUUCCUUGUUCCUCGGGCGGUAUGGCAUGGAAUACCUGUCUCAAAAGCCGUCUUACUAUCAUCUCUAGCCGGCGCGGGAGGGUUCAUCGGACGGAUAAUCUCCAUCAUAGCUCUCUUUUUCAAAAUUGACUUCAUUUUAGUUUUCCUGAUCUUUGGCGCGAUAUCAUCAACUGUUUUCUUACUCGAUCCACUGCUGACUUCAUUCUCUGUCAUGUGCGUCGCUGCCUUCCUUCAGGGAGUGUGUAUCUUUAACUUUGUGAUUUCUUACGCUGCACUCCUCAAGGGUUCCGUCUCAAAUGAGAACUUUACGGUUGGCUCUGGAAUCUUUGGUUUUGUUGCAGGCCUUGGUGGCAACCUCGGGAGUCUAAUGUCAGGUGCGAUCAAAGAUAAGACGGGAUCCUACACGUCAGUCUUUCUUACUCUUGGAGUUAUUAACUGUCUAGUAGUGUUUCUUACCAUCGCCUUCCUUGUCGCUCGACAUAGGUGGAAUCGUCUAAAAUCCUAGAGAAGUGGAAACAAAAAGCCAGAGGGGAGUUGACGACCUUAAUUUUGUUUGAAACGAUGAUCCUGGCCAUUGCCUUUCUUCUUGCUCGACAUAGGUGGAAUCGUUUCAAGUCUUACGGAAGAGAAGGCAAAAAGUCAGGGGAUAGUUGACGACCUCAUUCUUAUUUCAAAUCGAUGUUCCUGGCCAUUGCCUUUCUGUUGCUCGACGUAGACGGAAGAGGAGGCAAAAAUCCAGGGGGUAGUUGGCGACUUAAAUUUGAUUACAAAUUUAUGUGCUUGUGGUAUUAUGCGUUUUUCAAUCCAUUAUCUUUCUGCUUUUAUUCAGGGUUACUUAUCAUUCAUGGUGAUCUACUUAAAAAGCAACAACAAUGUACUGUAUUCUAGGUGUUGUAGAAAACUACUUACUCUUUUUUCUCUCUCACUCAAUGUGUCGCAGUGUCUACAGUUAUUGCUGGAAGCAAAUAUUAAACUAAAAUAAGAUAAUAUCUUAUUCUCUUUCAGAUUAAAAUUGAUUGUGCCACGGAGAGAUUAUUAAAGGUUAUUUGUAAAGGCGGAGGUGGUGGUAAUGUAAAUGGUAUAUUGGUAAUGGUUGUGUAUUAAGGAAGUAAAUGACUGCUUGUGCAGGGUACAAUUAGACAAGUUUGUUGUUAGGUGUACUACAAUAUUAUUCAUAAUAAACCUUUUAAUUGGGAGAUGGGUAAAGAUACACGAUAAUGUUCAUGUGAUGAAAGCGAAUGGGAAGUGAAGGGGGGGGGGGGGUGCUAGAUAAUGAUAUUAACGGGGA